GAGUGCUUCCUUAACUGAAUCAACUUUGAAGAAUGUCCCUCAGGCGAUGAAUGUGCGAGAACUCAAGAGUAACACCUCUCCUCCAGCUGUUUCUGCAAUAAUAGGGUCAUUGGUUCCUCAGUCUGCUGCACAAGCUGUCCACCAAGUUCUGGCAACUGUAGCUACCAAUCAAGUGAGCCAGGGACCUUCACCAAGCUCACUUAAGGUGCAGUCCCCACCCAGCUCUGCUUCUGUGGCAAGUGUCACCAUGGCAUCUACUGGCCAGCCAUCAGCUGGCAAAAAGAGCACAGGGCAAGGCCCUCAGAAGACAUCAGCAUCCGUGACUUCUGCUCCUGCUGCGCUCACUCCAUCAACAGCUGCCCAGAUCAACAAAGCGUUCACAUUUACCACCUCUGUUCCUGAAGUUAACCUUGAUGCAAUCCUCUCCAAUCUUGCAACAUCUGUCCCUCCAGUAGAAGCAAUACCUUCUCCUCCAAAACAGCUAAGCCAGCCUGAUGCCUUUCCCUUUGGCGGGAACGUUAAAUUUGGAACCCCUCUGGAGAGCUCCUUCACUUUUGGGUCCGCAAAACCAUCCAGUCUUCUGGGAGUCCCCAUGACAAGCAGUGGCUCAGGAGAUCCAAGCCUGGCAAACAGCCAGGUGACCUCAGCCCCUGUGGCCUCCGUCCCUUUCUCAACCUCUGGGAAACUGGAAGGGCUUCCAUUGAAACAAGGAGAUCACCUCUUCCAGGGCACCGCUGCUGGGGAGACCCUUGGGAGCUUCUCUGGGUUAAGAGUCGGUCAAGCCAAUGAGAAUUCCAAGGCUGCCACUACCAAACCUCCACCUGUUAAUGCCACAGGUGGACAGCCAGCAAAAGCGAGUACAAUACCUUCUGGGUUUACUCUUGGAAGCUCUUUGCAGGCCAGCAAACCAACAGAGGCGGCUGCCUCUGUGAUAACAACCAGCUUAACAUCAACGUCUGCUAGCACCAUCUUCAGCAAUGUCCAAUUGGUCAACACAGGGUCUCCUGCUUUCCUUGGCCUUGGAGUGCCUGCAGGGGGUGCCAAGUCAACUUUCACACUUGGGGUUCAAUAUUGGGCUACAGAGAAGAGCAUCAGCAUCUGGCUCUUCUGGAACACCUGGACCAUCAGGGGCCGCACCUGUACAAGCGAAGCCAAAAGGAAUGUCGUCUGA